UUCCUUUUGACAGUUCUUCCGGAUUUAGAUAUCGUCUGGACUGAAUGAACGUGUUUUGACUAUUUUUUUGAUAGCUUAUAAACACUUAAAUUGUAAUUCUCUUGUUGUUCUAUAUGUAAGUCUUGAAAACUAAGAGUAAAUAGUUAUUGUGAGUCAUUUAAUUGGUGUAAAAAGUAGUUCCUAUAUUCAAGAUGAUAUACAUUGGAAAAUUUAUAAAUAAUUUCAAAGACUUUUACAAUGACAUCAACUCAGCUACUUUAACAGGAGCCAUUGAUGUAAUAAUUGUGAAGCAACCAGACAAUACCUAUGUAUGUUCACCCUUUCAUGUUCGCUUCGGGAAGAUCGGAGUCCUCAGGAGUCGUGAGAAAAUAGUAGACAUUGAAGUGAAUGGACUUCCUGUUGAUCUUCAUAUGAAAUUGGGAGAAUCUGGUGAAGCAUUCUUUGUAGAGCCUUGCAAUGAUGUGGAGGUGCUGCCUUCUUAUUUAGCGACAUCCCCUCUUCCUGAGGUGCCCAACAUUGAGGCUGAAAUCCGGAAAAUGAAACUGGAAGCAGCAGAGAAGGAUAAUACAAAAGAAAGCGACUUGAUGCUUGAAAGUGUAGUUUGUAGUCCAAAUGCAAACUGUGAUAAUAAUUCUAGUGGCAAUCUUUCCAAACAAAAUAUUAUAUUCCCCCCUCACCUCAAGAAACAAAUCGAUAAUGUUCCUAUUGAAGUGACGAACAGUGUGCAUACAGACUCUAGCGAUGAAUAUAAAACUAAGCGUAAAAGGCGAAAGAAAGUGGGCACUAAAAAACGUUCCAAAGUGAAGGAGCAUCCAAAACCUCUAGUGGGUGUAAAGCAAAAUGAGAAAGAAGCAGAACAAACUGAAGUGGAAGAAAUUUUCCAGAUGGACGAGGACUACGGUGAAGUGGAAGAGGGCAAAUAUGUUCAAAUUUCUAACAUGAGUCGAUCCAUCAGCCUUCCGGUUUCCUCGACUGUCGACGAUCUGUUUAAGGCGGAGUGGAAUCGUAGAAAACUGUCGACCACUUUCACUGGAGAAUUUCAUCCAUUUAGUGAUGGAGAUGUUACUCCUCAAUCUAGUCCUCUCUGCAGCCGCCCUCCUAGUCCCAAAUCUGACACAGAGUACGAGAAUCAAAAAUUAGAAAGCGAGACUCCUAUUGAUGCUCCUAGUUGGGGUUGGGGUCAGCUGCCUAAUGUUCCAAGGAGAUUAAGUGACCCCAGUAUCCAGUCCAAUGUAGAUGUUUCUGACGUGAAAGUUGAUGAAAAUACAACAGACGUGGAUAAACGCUCAAUGCUUGGAGGCAUGCUCAAUUUUAUGCGUUCAACAAAGAAGAUCAGGCAUAUGCCAGAAGCAGAAGGUAUUUAUCUUUCAGAACUCAACGCUGAAGAACUGGAUCCUGAAGUAGCAGCAUUAUACUUUCCUAAAUUUAAGUCAAAUUAUGGUCAACAAGUUACAGAUGAAGACGCAGAAUCUGGAAAAGGAUCCUCUUUACCUCAUUCUCCUCACACUGUUGAAGGUUAUCCCAGUCAAGAUUCUGAUAGUGAUGACAGAUUAUCUUUAGAUCAAUUUAGCAAAGAGAAGUGUGAAAACAUUUCUUAUCCUUAUAGUGAUAUUGCUAUGUCACUCUGCGGGGGACUUCAAGAUCCGGAAGUGGACAUUCCCGAAGAACGCUUCCUCCAAUCCAAAGUGACCUUCGAUGAUUUCACAGAAAACCCAGCUGUUCUACAGGAUCCUAAUUUAGUUAUAAGAAUAGGGGGAAAAUUUUAUAAUUGGUCUACUGCGGCAUCAAUGUUAACUUCAAUUAUUAUGUAUCAAAGACCAUUACCAGAAUCAGCUGCCAAUAAAGUCAUCAAUCAGUAUAUGCCAAAGAAAAAGAAAAAGUCAUACUCAUCAUGGUGGUCUUGGCGAAGGACAGAAGAAUCAAAUCUUGAUAUUGCUAAUAAUUCAGCUGCAAUGCCUUUGGACGCAAAUGAGAACAGCCCAAUGGGACCUUUUGAACAAACUCUGUGUGAUAUUGAAUCCAGUGAAAGUGCCAGUGUAGCCAUUGACAUGACUGUGAAAGAGACAUUAGCAUCUGUCACUGAAAUAGUAUCUGAGGAAGUUAAAAUUGCCGAAAAUAUACUGCAGGAGGUCGUGAUCGAGAGUCAUGAGGUUGUUGUUAAGACUAAUGAAGAAAAGAUUUCCGAAAGUGAAGAAAGUUCUUUGCGUAGUAGUCCAGAAAUUUCACCUGAAACAGUAGAUGUACAAAUUGAUCCUCCUCUUGACCUGCCUGAAACAGUUGCUCAAACUCUAACUGGUGCCAAAAAUAUAGAAGAUGUUAAGCCUUUUCCUGAGAAAUACAAAAAGUCUCUGAGACUCACCUCUGAACAAAUCAAAAAUUUGAAUUUGCAAAAUGGUCCUAACGAGUUUACAUUCAGUGUUACGACAGCUUACCAAGGAACAACAAAAUGCACCUGUCAUGUUUUCCUAUGGAAUUAUGAUGACAAAAUAGUAAUAUCAGAUAUUGAUGGGACAAUAACGAAAUCUGAUGUUUUGGGACAUAUUCUGCCCAUAGUUGGUCACAGCUGGGCUCAACUUGGAGUUGCGAAGUUAUUUUCUAAAAUUCAUAGCAAUGGAUACAAGUUCCUGUAUUUGUCAGCGAGGGCCAUCGGACAGGCCAGAAUAACGAGGGAUUAUCUGCGGAGAGUGAGACAGGGCGAGAUCUGUUUGCCGGAUGGUCCUCUUUUACUUUCUCCAACUUCACUCAUUAGUGCACUUCAUAGAGAAGUGAUUGAAAGAAAACCUGAAGAAUUCAAAAUUAGCUGCUUAAAAGAUAUACAGUCAUUGUACCCAACUUACAUGGGAAAUCCUUUUUAUGCCGGGUUUGGUAACAAAAUAAACGACAAUUGGGCGUACCGAGCUGUCGGAAUUCCUCUUACACGAUCAUUUACUAUUAAUCAUAGAGGAGAGCUUAAAUUAGAACUCAUUCAGACAUUCCAAUCUUCAUACACCAGAUUAAGUGAUGAUGUUGAUCAUGUUUUCCCUCCUUUAAAACCAAGCACAAGGGUGAAUGGUCAUCCCACCCCCAUAUUUUCCUCCCCUGAAGAAUACAGUUACUUUACGUAUUGGAGGGAGCCUGUUCGGAUCCUCGACGAUGAUGAUGAUCUUACAGUAUAAAUACAAUUUGGUAUUUCAGCGGAUUGAAAUGUACAAAUCAUGUGAUCGGAAAUUAUUGUGCUCUGCGAGACCUCAUUUUAGGUGUGUGUAAGGAAAAGCUUGCUUUCCGAGACAUCGUUUCGAAAAAAUGUGCCCCGUCAAUUGAAACUUAUCUUUCGGUCGCACAUCAUGCAUUGUAUAGUUUGAAGGAGAGAAAAAAAAACUUGAUAUUUGUUUAUAGGAGCUUAUUUUUGUAUAAUAUUGUUGAUUUUUCUUCUGCUUCACCAUUUUGUUUUGUUUUUCUCAAUAAUCUCUCCUGGCAUUCAUUAUACAAAUUAUGUCAUUCUAUUUUUUUUUUAAUUUAGAAUCUUCUGAAUUACAAUAUUUGUGUAUUCAUAAACAACUGAAGAGAAAAGCUAAAAUUGAAAAAGCAGCCUCAAAAUGUAUUAUAAAAAUAUCGAGAAGCUGGGUAAAAAAUUUUUCCUCCUAAUUACUUUUUUAAGAUUUAGCAGAGUAAGUUGAUGCUCAUUCACUGUAAAACUAUAACAAUCUUUUAAACCUGGAAAUUUAAGAGCUUUGUUUUUUUUUAUUUUUUUUUUAUUCGACAGUAAUCCAUUGUUGAAUGAAAUUUUACAAUGUUAAUCGGUGGGAACAAGCAGCUGUUUCUGCAUAAAAAGCACUCUUUUUACAUAAAAUCAUGGCUACGUAGAAUUUAUCAUCUUAUGUGAGGUAACAAAAGAACAAUUUGUUUGUUAGUUGCUUUGAUCUUGCCAAAGAAAUCUGAAAGUUGCAAUUUUUGAUGUUCCAUCUACCUUUUUUAUUAAUUUGAUCGUCUUAGCUUCCAUUUCUGCUGAAAGGAAGCAUUUUUUGUGCAACAAAAAUGUGAUAUUUAUGUGCAAAUAAAAUCUGAAGACAGUCAUACGAAAUCAGUUUAUAAUUCGGAAUUAAAUGCUGCAUUGCACAAAGGGUUUAUUCUUUUAAGAAGUACGACUGUUUAGUACAAUAGAGCGAGUGACUUUUCAUAUAUCUUUAUAAAUAUUUGACAGAAACACAUUUAUUAAAGUACCCUAUUGAAAUUUAAUACUGUAAAGCACUCUAAUUUCAAAAGUUAAAAUUCUAUUUUCUGAAUCAAUUUGAUGAAAAUUGUUUUAAAAAAAUCAUUACAUAUGCUUACCAGGUGUUUAGAUUAUCCUCAAGCUAUUUCUUAUAUUUGAGGUCUGACUGUACCUUCAUUACAUGUAUUUUCUUCACCCUCUAAAUACUCAUUCAAAAAUAUGGAUGUAAGUAAAUCCUUAUUUUUUACUCCUUAUUUACGUUAGUAAAUAUUUUGUUUUGCUAGAAACUUCAAUCAUGUUUAAAAAGAAUGUAUAUUUUUUAGUUGUUAGAAAAAAAAAUGUAUUGAACCAUUAAUAAUGAAAAUAUUAUUAAUUUUAUGGAUCCCCUAUGCUGUAACAUAUCAACUAUUUAUAAGAUGUAUAAUUUUAAAAAAAGUGUGUGAAAUAUUUCAAAAUAAAUUGGCUUCCAUUUUUA